AUGGAAGAAACUAAUGUACCAUUAAAUAGUAGUACAACAUUGGUGUUACGCCCACAAGCAAAUGAUGGCCAAGUAGUGCAUUUAAAAUUAAAGAAACCAAAAAAGAGCCACAAACAGGUUAGUUGGGAUGCACACACUGUUGACAAUGAGCACUUGAACAAGAAAAAGAGCAAAUGUUGUUGUAUUUACAAAAAACCAAAAAAAUUUGGAGAUCCUGAUACAGACGAAAGCAAUGAAAGUGACGAUGAAUGUGCCAGUUGCGUGGGGAAUAAAAAAACACAUCAACUUCAUAAGCACGAGAACAAAAUCGAUGAACCUAAAGAAGACGAAUGUUAA